UGCCUCCUUGCACCACCACCUUCGACCGGUGUAAAAAAUGCCAAAUGCCACUUUUUCUGAAAAUGUUAAAAAAUGGCAUAUUACUAUUUGAGAAUGCCAAAAUUUUCAUUGAAUCUGCCAUAAAUGUGGCAGUUUUUUUCCCCGGAGACCAGGGGUGGUGGUACUGGGGCGGCAGAGGAGUUGGUGAACUUUUUUUUUUGCAUUUUUUUAUUUUUUUUUUAAAAUAGUUUUUUUAAAAAGUGUAAUUUUUUUAUUUUUUCAAUUAUUAUUUUUAAAAUGUUUUUAUUAAUUUUUAUUAUUUUAUUAUGAAUUAAAACAUUUCAAUAGCUACAAGUGUAUAUUUGUCCAAGACACACAUAAUUAGUCUUAUGAAACAUAAGGGGUGUUUGGUUAGGAGCCUAUCAGCCAUUUUUUGGUUAAUUUGACUUAAUUUAGCUUUUUGACCAAAUCAAAAGUGUUUGGUUAAAUGGUUUUUUCAAUUGGCUUUUUGUUCCAAACAGCCAAAUUCCGAAACACCAACAACCAUAGCGUUUAGUACUGGCGUUUCCGCGCUUUCCUAUACUGCUCGUCUACUCUUUUCCCGUAUCGGCCUCCUACAGCAGAAAAACCCUCCACCUAAGGGUGUGUUUGGGAGUUGAGUUUUGGAGGGGAGGGGAAGGUUAAUGGGGGUUUGUGAUCAUCUUUUUCAUGUUUGGGAGUUUAAAAAUUGGAGGGGAUGGUUUUGGAGGGUUUUUGUAUCCCUUCAAAACCCUCCAAAUGCUUAAUUUUUAAGUUCUCCCAAUUUGGAGGGUUUUGGAGGAUAAUUAACAAGAUGAUAAUUUAAGCUAAAUUAAAAAUGAAUAUCAGCUCAAUGAUUUGAAUUCGUCAUAGUUGAUGGUGAUUUUAAUUAUAAUUCUUUCAAAAACUCUCUUCUUCCAAUUUUAUUACUUCCAAAUACAAAGAAAGACUUCCUCACCCUCCCCUCCCUUUCCCCUCCAACAACAUACCUCCAAAACCUUUCCCUUCCCUUCCCUUCAAAUUCCCAAACAUACCCUAAGGGUGUGUUUGGGAGUUGGUUUUUGGAGGGGAGGGGAAAGCAUGUGAGGGAAAUAAACACUCCUAUUUGUGUUUGGGAGUUCAAAUAAUAUGAGGGAAAGGUUUUGGGGUAUUAUAAAAUCCUUCUAAACCUUCCAAAACCUGAAUUUUCGGAUUCUCCCGAUUUGAGGGUUUUCUAAGGUCUAACUACGCAAAUGACAUAUUUAUCCUCUGAAACUAAUACAAUAUCCUCAUAAAAAAUUUACGAGCUGCUAAUUGCUCCAUUUCCCCCGCUGAAACCCCUCAAAUCCCAAAACCCCCAUCUUUUGAAAUUUGUAACUCCCAAACAAGAGGAUGGAAUCCCUCCUCAUCUCCCUCCCCUUCCCUUCUCUCUACUCCCCCUUCGAAGCCUUUCCUUUCCUCACCUUCAAACUCCCAAACACCGAAUUGAUCAAAGAGCAAAAAAAUAAAGAUAUGAGCAACCAGCCUUCUCCAACACCGUUUAUAUGUAUGAUACUGAUGAAAGAGAAAAAUAAUUUAGAUAUGUCAACCGAAAAUUAUGACACGCCUUCCAUCGCCUUAAAUAAGGGACUUGAGAUUGAAACUCUUUUCGAGUUUAAACCCCACUACACUGCUUCCAAGUUCAUGAUGAUAAUUGAUAAGAAUGGAAGAGAAAAAUGAUUUUCAAUUAAGUCGUACUUCAAGGGUCAAGGGUCCAAGUUUAGUUGGAACCACUUUGGCGUUUUAGUACCAUUUUACUAUUUUACGGGGUAUCUUUGCUAAUUAGUACGGAGUAUUAAUAAAAAUUAAUUGUUGUCUUUAAAAGUCAUUUAACAAGU